AUGGCAUGGCCUUAUUCAACUCCCAAGGUGGCUCAAUUGCCAGGUGGUUCUGCUGGUGCUCAAGGUGGUGAUGGUGGUGCUCAAGGUGAUGCUGGUGAUGCUGGUAUUAUUCAGAUUAGUUCAGCUAAUAAUAAAGGUCAACCAUAUGCUAUUUUAACCAAGAAUUCAAUCUUACUUUAUGAUGAAGCUACAGACUCGGUGAUCUCUACACAUGAUAGAUCUCAUGAUUCUUUGGAGAAAUACGGUGUCAAUUUAUCAAUGAAGAGAAAUUAUGAUGAUUCUUUAAUUAUUAUUCAAACUGAUCAAAAUUAUUUAUUAAUUUACAUAAUAUUAAAACCACAAGAUGAUGAAAUAUUAUCUGUUUAUCAUGGACAUAAUGGGAAAUUAUUACAAAAUGGGAAUGUCAUUGAAACAAAAUCUCAAUUUUUCAGUAAUACUGAAAUAUUAGAAGAACCAAUAAAGAAAUAUCAAAUUAGAUUUAAAUUGUUUUUAAAAAUAUCAAAUGGUAUAAUUGAUUAUCAACCAUUGAAUAAAUUGAAUUUAUUAUUAGUUACACAAAUCAAUACUCAAUUAAUCAAUUUAGAAAAUAAUGAUAAUCAACCCUUGGACUUGGGGUUAUCACCUGAUAAUCAUGUCAAGAAAAUUAUACAUUCUUGUUAUAAACCACAUUUAUUUGCAUUUAAAUUAAACAAUGGAAACAUUUUAUUCCAUAAUAGAACUGGAUAUCUUAAAUUUGAUAAAUUUACUGAACCUUCAUAUUUCCAAGGUUGUCAAAAUGGAUCCAUAAACCCCAGAUAUAAGAUUUUAGUAUUUAUAUUUGAUUAUAAUAAAUUAAUUUAUUAUAAUUAUGAUAUUCAACAAAAAAUUAAAGAAAAAGAUCUAAGUUCAUUUAGUUCAAGUCCUAUAACUAAAAUUACAUGGGAUGGGAAAGGUGAAUCAUUAAUUGUUUUGUUCCAAAAUGGGAAUUGGUUAAUAACUUCAACUUUUGGUUCAAUAAUUUUUAAUUCUUUAGAAUAUGAUAUUCCUAAAUCAUGGUUAACUUCUAUUAAAACAUUAGAUAUUGUAUCAAGAGGUGAUAAAUUAAUUUUAUCAGAUGGGAACACAAUAUUUCCCUUAGAAUUAAUUAAACAAUUAUAUUUAUCAAAACAAACAAAUCAUAAUUUGAAAAGACCUGUAUUGAUCCAAGGUUCUAAUGUUCAUAUUUAUACUGGUUAUGAAAUGAAUCCAACCUCAUUAAAUAAACCAUUUGAUUGGAAUAUUAUUAAAAUUCCAAUGGAUAUUCAUAUUCAAAUUCCCCAAAUCACUUAUUCAUCAAUUUCAAUAGAUGGGAAAUAUCUCGCUUUGACAAAUGAAAAAUCUUUAUUAAUUUAUAGUUUCCAUGGAAUGGAAUGGAGUUUUUAUAUUAAUGAUUAUAAUUCAGAAUUAAAAAUUGAUCAAUUAAAUUGGUUUGAAAAAUUUAAUUUAUUAAUUGUUACAAAUAAGACAAGUAUAAAUUCUGAAUUAAUUAUUUUAAAUUUUAGGAAAUUUAAACAUGAAGAGACUUUUAAUUCUAAUUUGAUAAUAUUUAAAUAUGAUUUUGAUUCAAAUAUUAAAUUGAUUAACUCUUUAGAUGAUGAUAUUUUGGUUUUCACUGAGGAUAAUAAAUUUUAUCAAUUUAAAAUUUUACCAAAUGGAAUAAGUUUCAAGAUUGAUUUAAUUAAAAUUUUAUCAAUAAAUAAAAAUUUUAAUGAAGAUGAUAAUAAUUUCCAUAAUAUAAUUAAAAUAAACUCAAAAGAUCCAGAGAAUAAUGAUUUAUUAGUAUUGAAUAAUGGUGAAUUAUUAUAUUUAAAUUACAAGACAGAUAGAUAUGAAAAAAAUUUAUUAUUAGAUAAAAUUGAAUAUAUCUACAAGAUUAAUGAUGAAGAAUAUUAUUUAUUCAAUGGUGAUUCAAUCUUCCUAAUUAAAAAAUUAUCAAAUUUAUUAACCACCAGGGAUCCAACCUCUUCAAUAUUAAAAAUUUCAAUCGAUGAUGAAUCAAAUCAUCCAUUUCUAUUAAUUUUAGAAAAAGGUUUAAUAAUAUCUUUAAAAAAUUCAAUCAUCAAGAAACCUAAUUUGGAAAUAAAUCAAUUAAUUACCAAGAAUUCAAUUUUCCUACAUGAUUUAAUAAGAUUUGAAAUUACAACCCAGAGCCCUAUAGAGAUUUUCCACAAGUAUCAAAAAUAUAAAAAUUUCCAAUAUAGUUUAGAAUUAUUAUUAUAUCAAUCCAUUAUAAAUUCUUUAGAUAUUGAAAAAUUAAUUAAAUUAAUCAAGAUUAACCCCAGUUGGGAAUUAAACAUAAUUUCUAAAUGUUUAAGAAAAAUAGAUCUAAAAUAUUGGGAUCUUUUAUUUCAAAAUUUUCAAAAAACUCCUCAGGUGUUAUUAGAUCAAUGUAUUGAAUUAAAACAAUACAAAACAUUAGGUAAUUUAAUUAUAAUUUUUUUAAAUUAUACUAAAGAGGAAACAAUUGAUGAUGAUGGGAUCUUGAAAAUUUUAAAGAUUAUUUUUAAAGAAGCUGAUAAUGAUGACGAAUUAUAUAAGAUUGGAGUUGAAUUAAUUGGAUUUUUGAAAAAAUUAGAUCCUUCGGGUGAAUUAUUAAAGAAAAGUUUAAAAGAGUUGAAAGAAGAUGUGAAAACAGGUGUAUAG